UGUUUAUAUGAAAGCUUCCCUGAAGUUCCUUUGGAGGAAAUGUCAGAGGCUGACGGAGAGGCUAGUAAACUGUCUCUCAGUGUCCAAGAGCCAUCUUCUCCAGCAACAUCCAGCGAAGCAUUCACACCAAAGGAGGGGUCUCCUUACAAGGCUCCCAUAUACAUUCCCGAUAACAUUCCCAUUCCUUCAGAGUUUGAGCUCCGAGAGUCAAAUGUUCCGGGAGCAGGAUUAGGAAUAUGGACCAAAAGGAAGAUUGAAGUAGGUGAAAAAUUUGGGCCAUAUGUGGGAGAGCAGCAGUCAAAUCUGAAAGAUCCCAGUUAUGGUUGGGAGAUCUUGGAUGAGUUUUGCAAUGUGAAGUUCUGCAUAGAUGCCAGUCAACCAGAUGUAGGGAACUGGCUCAAGUAUAUCAAAUUUGCUGGAUGCUACAAUCAGCAUAACCUUGUUGCAUGUCAAAUAAGUGAUCAGAUAUUCUACAGAGUUGUAGCAGACAUUGACCCAGGAGAGGAGCUGUUACUAUUCAUGAAGAGUGAAGAUUAUUCACAUGAAACAAUGGCUCCAGAUAUUCACGAGGAGCGCCAGUAUCGUUGUGAGGAUUGUGACCAGCUAUUUGAGUCCAAGAUGGAACUAGUAGAUCAUCAGAAAUUCCCAUGCAGCACACCUCACUCAGCAUUUUCUAUGGUGGAGGAGGACUUUCAACAAAAGCUUGACAAUGAAAAUGACCUCCAGAACAUGCAUGACAUUCAAGAAUGUAAAGAGUGUGAUCAAGUGUUUCCAGAUUUACAAAGCCUAGAGAAGCACAUGCUGUCCCACACUGAAGAGAGAGAGUACAAGUGUGAUCAGUGUCCCAAGGCUUUUAACUGGAAGUCCAAUUUGAUACGUCAUCAAAUGUCACAUGACAGUGGAAAGCACUAUGAGUGUGAAAACUGUGCCAAGCAGGUUUUCACGGACCCCAGCAACCUUCAGAGGCACAUUCGUUCCCAGCAUGUUGGGGCUCGUGCUCACGCUUGUCCAGAGUGUGGUAAAACGUUUGCUACUUCUUCAGGCCUUAAACAGCACAAGCACAUCCACAGCAGUGUCAAGCCCUUUAUAUGUGAGGUCUGCCAUAAAUCCUAUACUCAGUUUUCAAACCUUUGUCGUCAUAAGCGCAUGCAUGCUGAUUGCAGAACCCAAAUCAAGUGCAAAGACUGUGGACAAAUGUUCAGCACUACAUCUUCCUUAAAUAAACACAGGAGAUUUUGUGAGGGCAAGAAUCAUUUUGCAGCAGGAGGAUUUUUUGGCCAAGGCAUUUCACUUCCUGGAACCCCAGCUAUGGAUAAAACGUCCAUGGUUAAUAUGAAUCAUGCAAAUCCGGGCCUUGCUGACUAUUUUGGUGCCAAUAGGCAUCCUGCUGGUCUUACCUUUCCAACAGCUCCUGGAUUUUCUUUUAGCUUCCCUGGUCUGUUUCCUUCAGGCUUGUACCACAGGCCACCUUUGAUACCUGCUAGUUCUCCUGUUAAAGGACUACCCAGCACAGACCAGACAAACAAAAGUCAAAGUCCCCUCAUGACACAUCCUCAGAUACUGCCAGCUACACAGGAUAUUUUGAAGGCACUAAAUAAGCACCCCUCUGUAGGUGAAAAUAAGCCAGUGGAGCUUCAACCAGAGAGGUCCUCUGAAGAGAGGCCGCACGAAAAAAUCAGUGACCAGUCAGAGAGUAGUGACCUUGAUGAUGUCAGUACUCCCAGUGGCAGUGACCUGGAGACCACCUCUGGCUCUGAUCUGGAAAGUGACAUUGAAAGUGAUAAAGAGAAAUGUAAAGAAAAUGGUAAAAUGUUCAAAGACAAAGUAAGCUCUCAUCAGAAUUUGGCUUCAAUAAAUAAUAAGAAAGAAUACAGCAGUCAUUCCAUUUUCUCACCAUCUUUAGAGGAACAAACUGCGGUGUCAGGAGCUGUGAAUGAUUCUAUAAAGGCUAUUGCUUCUAUUGCUGAAAAAUACUUUGGUUCAACAGGACUUGUGGGGCUGCAAGACAAAAAAGUUGGAGCUUUACCUUACCCUUCCAUGUUUCCCCUCCCAUUUUUUCCAGCAUUCUCUCAAUCAAUGUACCCAUUUCCUGAUAGAGACUUGAGACCGUUGCCUUUGAAAAUGGAGCCUCAGUCACCAAGUGAAGUAAAGAAGAUCCCAAAGGGAAGCGCUGAGUCUCCCUUUGACCUCACCACUAAACGUAAGGAGGAGAAGCCAGUUACUCCUAUAACCUCAAAACCAGCAGCUCCAUCUGUGACAAGCCAGGAUCAACCACUAGAUCUGAGCAUGGGCAGCAGAAGUCGAGCUAGUGGUACAAAACAAGCUGAGCCUCGGAAAAACCACGUCUUUGGUGAAAAGAAAGGAGGUGACCUUGAAACAAGGAAAGCAACUGAUGCUUCUUUGCAGCAUGCCAGGCCCACUCCAUUCUUUAUGGAUCCCAUUUACAGAGUAGAGAAAAGAAAGUUAACUGACCCACUUGAAGCUUUAAAGGAAAAGUACUUGAGACCUUCCCCAGGAUUCUUGUUUCAUCCGCAAUUCCAAUUGCCUGAUCAAAGAACUUGGAUGUCAGCUAUAGAAAACAUGGCUGAAAAACUAGAGAGUUUUAGUACCCUGAAACCAGAAGCUAGUGAACUCAUACAAUCUGUCCCUUCCAUGUUCAACUUCCGCGCCCCACCGAGUGCCCUACCAGAAAACCUCCUGAGGAAGGGCAAGGAACGCUAUACCUGCAGAUACUGUGGCAAGAUUUUCCCAAGAUCGGCUAACUUAACACGUCACCUGAGAACGCACACUGGAGAGCAGCCUUACAGAUGCAAAUACUGUGACAGAUCUUUUAGCAUAUCUUCUAACCUGCAGAGGCACGUCCGUAACAUCCACAAUAAGGAGAAGCCAUUCAAAUGUCACUUAUGUGACAGGUGUUUUGGUCAACAAACCAAUCUAGACAGACAUUUAAAAAAGCAUGAGAAUGGGAACAUGUCUGGUACUGCAACAUCUUCACCUCACUCAGAACUUGAAAGCACGGGGGCAAUUCUGGAUGACAAAGAGGAUUCUUAUUUCACAGAAAUUCGGAAUUUCAUCGGCAACAGUAACCACAAUAACCAAUCCCCAAGAAAUUCGGAAGAAAGAAUGAAUGGCAGCCACUUUAAGGAUGAGAAAGCGUUGGUGGCAAGUCAGAACUCGGACUUGCUGGAUGAUGACGAGGCAGAAGAUGAAGUAGUGAUGGAUGAGGAAGACGACGAAAGUGAAAUUGCAGGGAAGCCAGUCAAGGAACCGGUUACAAGUAACCUACAUGAAGGGAGCCCUGAGGAUGACUACGAAGAAACAAGUACUUUGGAAAUGAACUGCAAGGCUUCCCCUGGCAGGUAUAAAGAGGACGAGUAUACCAAGACUGGGCUCUCUGCUUUGGAUCACAUAAGGCACUUCACAGAUAGCCUCAAAAUGAGGAAAAUGGAAGAAAAUCAAUACACGGAAGCUGAACUGGCAGCUUUCAAUACUUCACACCUGCCAGAGGACCUAAAGCAACCAUUGUACAGGAAAUCCAAGACCCAGGCAUAUGCUAUGAUGCUCUCUCUCUCUGACAAGGACUCCCUCCAUUCUGCAUCCCAUAAUUCUCCCAACAUGUGGCACAGUAUGGCAAGAGCUGCUGCAGAAUCCAGUGCCAUCCAGUCCAUUAGUCAUGUAUGA